AUGACAAUUCGGCCCCCAUUCGGCCAUCGCAUGCGUGACGUCCAUUUCCAAUUCUCCCCCGCCUAUACCCCUCUGAACCACGGCUCCUUUGGCGCCUACCCACGCCCCAUCCAAGAAGCCCAAGAUACGUUUCAAAAACAAUGCACUUCCAGACCCGAUACAUUCUUCGUCUAUGACCUCCCCAAACUCAUCGAUAAAUCACGAGAAGCUGUGGCACCUCUCCUAGGUGCUGAUCCCAGGGAAGUAGUUCUAAUUCCGAAUGCUACGACGGGCACAAAUACCGUGUUGAGAAAUUUGAAAUGGCAGGAGCGUGAUUUGAUUUUCUAUUUUAGUACCAUUUAUGAUGCGUGUGAGAAGACGGUUGAGAGUGUGAGGGAGAUGUUGGGCGUGCAGGUUCUGACGCAUUGUCAGGUGUUGGAGUUUCCGAUUAAUGAGGAGGUGGAAUUGCAGAAGUUUAGAGAGUUUGUGAGGUCGGCUAAGGCUAGGGGGAUUAAUGUUAAGCUUGCUAUAUUUGAUACGGUCCUAACCUUCCCAGGCGUUCGAAUGCCUUGGGAAGACCUGGUACGGAUAUGCAAGGAACUAGGUGUUUUGAGUUUAAUUGAUGGUGCUCAUGGUAUCGGACACAUUGAUCUCACACAUCUUGGUUCAGUCAGUCCCGAUUUUUUCGUCAGUAACUGUCAUAAAUGGCUUUACACCCCUCGCUCCUGCGCAGUCUUUUAUGUGCCCCUCCGCAACCAACAUUUCAUCCGCACCUCCCUCCCCACAUCUCACGGCUACCGAAAAAGCUCUAAGGAUGAUACCCUAGAAGACAUCAACACAUAUUUCCUCUCCAUGUUCAAUUUCGUCGCAACAAUCGACUACACCCCGUACCUCUGCAUCCCCGCCGCAAUAUCCUUCCGCAACACCGUGUGCGGCGGCGAAGCAAUGAUCCGACAAUACUGUUUUGACCUCAGCAAAGUAGGAGGUUCUAUAUGUGCCUCCAUACUAGAAACAUACACACUCCCCAUUUCCGCAGGAAGAGAAACAUGUUUUACUAAUAUUCGACUACCAAUACCAUUUUGGGCCGAUGGUCCUAAGAACCAUCACGGAGAUGAAAUUUCAACCGCUUUCCAGCCGAGUGAUGCGGAGAAAAUUAAAGUCUGGUUGAAUAAAACUGCAGUCGAGGAAUUCGAUACGUAUCUUCAGAUUGGUUGGCAUGCGAAUGUUCUGUGGGUGAGAUUGAGCGCGCAGAUAUAUUUGGAAUUGCGGGAUUUUGAGUUGGUGGGGGAGAAAUUGAAGGGGUUGUGUGAGAGGGUUAAUGAGGGGGAAGUAGAGGGAACUAGGAGGGUGGAGAAACUGCAAAAUGUGGAAAUUUCCGAGAAGAGGUAG